GUGCUUAAUUAUCGGCUCUCCGUGCGUCUUUCUCCGGCUCGUCCAAAUCAUUUCUACCCGGCUUGUCGGGACAGCAGCCCAGUCGUGAAGUCUCUGCAGUCACGUGAUUGAGACAGGACCGAAGAGUGCGUGCUUUUUUUCUGGAGUGUGUAUGUGAGUGUGUGUGUAGUUAGAGGGGUGUCCCUCCUCCGCAUUUCUUUCUUUCUUUCUUUUUCUUUUUUUCUUUUUCCGUUGCCGCUUGCCAUGCUUUAGACGCCGGAGCGCAGGGAGAGAGGCGAGAGUGAGAGAGGUACCGCCGGUCUCUCUCACCGGGAUACCUGUCUUUUCAGUCUUACCUCGGGUCCCCGUCGGUUCUUCCUCGUAUUUUUGAGCCCACCUUCCUGCAGUCGGCUUGUGUUUUUGGCUUGGAGGAAAAAAAAAAAAAAAAGAAGAGUGGUCAUUUCUGUAGGGUUUCACGUCUGCCAGGAGGAGGAUCGUGGUUCUGCUUGGCUCUGGGUUUUGAUCAUCUUUUUCCCCCCUUUUUUUUUUUUUUUUUUGUCUUUGGGUGCUCCAUUUGGACAGUAUAGGACAGUCGAGCAGAGCUUGGAUGAGCUGCCUCACUGAAAUCCCGAGAUGGAGUUGCUGCUGAUCUGCCUUUCCCUGUGGAUAUUGCAAUCCAAUUCGGCCAAAGCGGACUCAAUCAUUCAUAUCGGAGCCAUAUUUGAGCAAAACGAUGGGCGAGAUGACGAGAUUUUCCAACUUGCCAUCUCAGACUUGAGUCUGAAUGACGACCUUCUGCAGAGUGAGAAAAUCACACACUCAGUAAAACUUAUUGAGCCCAACAACCCUUUCCAGGCUGUGCAGGAAGCCUGCGAGCUGAUGAACCAGGGGAUCCUCGCUCUGGUUACGUCCACCGGCUGUGCGGCCGCCAGUGCCCUGCAGUCCCUGACGGAUGCAAUGCACAUCCCCCACCUCUUCAUCCAACGAAGCGGGGAUGGCGCGCCCCGCACCGCCUGCCAGCUCAACCCCAGCCCGGACGGAGAAAGCUACACGCUGGCCGCCCGUCCACCGGUCCGGAUCAGCGACGUCCUGCUCACCCUGGUGUCCGAACUGCACUGGCAGAAGUUCAUCAUCUUCUACGAGAGCGACUACGAUAUCCGUGGCUUACAAAGCUUCAUGGACCAGGCAUCCCGGCAGGGUCUGGACGUUUCCCUGCAGAGGGUGGACCGCAACGUCAGCCGUGUGUUUACGGACCUCUUCAGCACAAUGCGCACGGAGGAACUUAACCGUUAUCGAGACACCUUACGGCGGGCUGUGCUGCUCAUGAGCCCUCGAGGAGCCCAGGGUUUCAUCCAUCAGGCUGUGGAAACCAACCUGGCAUCCAAAGACAGCCACUGGGUCUAUGCCAAUGAGGAGGUGAGCGACGCAGACAUGAUGGAGCUGAUCUACGGCUCCCUGGGGAGGAUGACCAUCAUUCGACAGAUCUUCCCCCUGUGGAGGGACACUAACGUCCGCUGCAUGAGGAACAAUCAUCGCAUCUCCUCUCUGCUCUGCGACCCGCAGGAAGGCUAUCUGCAGUCCCUGGAGGUUUCCAACCUCUACUUGUACGACAGCGUGUUGAUGCUGGCCCACGCCUUUUACCGGAAGCUGGACGACCGGAAGUGGCACAGUAUGGCCAGUCUUAACUGCAUGAGGAAGUCGACCAAACCAUGGAACGGAGGGUGGUCCAUGUUGGACACUAUCCAAAAGGUCCGGAUCAGUGGGCUGACGGGACCGAUGGACUUCCGCGCUGAAGGCUCCAAUUCUCACGUACAGUUCGAGAUUCUGGGGACCAGCUACAGUGAGACGUUCGGGAAAGAUGUGAAACGGCUGGCAUCGUGGGACUCCACUCGUGGUCUGAAUGGUAGCCUGAAGGAGAAUCGGAUCGAGAGUGGUAUGCACGGAGUGACGCUCAAGAUCGUAACAAUACUGGAGGAGCCUUUUGUGAUGGUGGCAGAAAACAUUCUGGGCCAGCCCAUGAGAUACAAGGGCUUCUCCAUUGAUGUCCUGGAUGCCCUCGCCAAGAUACUUGGUUUCAAGUAUGACAUCUACCAAGUUGGAGAUGGGAAGUAUGGCUCACCGCUCCCUAAUGGAUCCUGGAAUGGCAUGAUUGGAGAACUUAUUGGCAAGCGAGCUGACUUGGCUGUGUCGGCCAUCACGAUCACGCCGGAGCGAGAGAGCGUGGUGGAUUUCAGCAAGCGCUACCUGGACUAUUCAGUGGGGAUUCUGAUGCGCAAAUCUGAGGAAAAGAUCAACAUUUUUUCUCUACUCGCACCAUUUGACCUGGCUGUGUGGGCCUGCAUCGCCGCAGCCAUCCCGGUGGUAGGCAUCAUGAUCUUCCUGCUGAGGCGCAUUCAGGCGGUCCGCUGUCAGAACAACGCUGGAGGCCAUCCGCCACCUUCUGUCUCCACUUCGCUUCAGAGCGCCAUCUGGAUUGUCUAUGGUGCUUUUGUGCAACAAGGCAGCGACUCCAUCCUGGGAUCGGUGGCUCUGCGUAUCGUCAUGGGCAGCUGGUGGCUCUUCACCCUCAUCGUGUGCUCGUCCUACACCGCCAACCUGGCUGCAUACCUCACCGUGUCGCGAAUGGACAACGCCGUCCGGUCGUUCCAGGAUCUGUCCAAGCAGGCGGACAUGGUGUACGGGACAGUGAGGGAAUCGGCCGUGUACGAGUAUUUCCGGGCCAAAGGGACGAACCCUCUGGAGCAGGACAGCACGUUCGCAGAACUCUGGAAAAUCGUGAACAAGAACAAUGGUUUCGAUCACUCGGUUUCCAGUCCGUCAGAGGGCAUCAAAAAGGCAAAGCGAGAGUCGUACGCCUUCCUGUGGGACAUGGCGGUGGUGGAGUACGCCGCCCUGACAGACGACGACUGCACGCUCACUAUAGCUGGGAACAGCAUGAGCACCAGAGGAUAUGGCAUCGCGCUGCAGCACGGCAGUCCGUACAGAGACCUCUUCUCUCAGAAGAUUCUGGAGCUUCAAGAAAAAGGCGACCUUGAUAUCCUGAAACAGAAAUGGUGGCCGAAGAAAGGCCGCUGUGACCUGCAGAGCCACGCAGACGCCCAGCCGGAGGGACGGGCGCUGCGGCUCCACAGCUUUGCGGGUGUCUUUUGCAUUCUGGCCGCGGGGCUGCUGCUGGCCCUCCUGGUGGCCGCGCUGGAGACGUGGUGGAACAGCAACCACUGCCGGCGAGAGCAGCCCAAAGAGCAGGUGACUAAGGAUUACGCUCUGCAAAGGGUUUCCGGUCCAUUGACAUAUAAUGAUUUAACAAGCUCUUCACCGGUUGGGAGGAGGGACAUGUGGACAGACAGAGAGAGAGACUGGGAAGAGGCCGAGGCUCUUGACACAGGACAAAGAGGUGAACCUGGAACAGGUCCACCAGCGUUUGAACAGCCUCCUGGACGAGGACUUGGCCCACAAGCAGCUGCCAGGUCAGUCUAUCGAGAUCUCUGCCCUGGACAUUGGCAGCAUGCAGCCCAGCCAGUCCCUGGAGGCUUUGUCUGUCCGGGACUACCCAGCCCACCGGGGGCCUCCGCCACUGUCUGUGACCACCUUCCUCCAGGAGAGUCAUGGAAGGACACUGGGCGCGGCCGCUGGCAGGACCUUGCCCCUGCCCCUCAGCAGUGCCACCAUGCCCUCUAUUCGCUGCAAACACAGGGCGCCCAACGGGGGGCUCUUCCGGCAGAGUCCAGUCAAGACGCCCAUGCCAAUGUCCUACCAACCAGUGCCAGGAGGACCCAUCCCAGAAGCCAGUGAGCCCAGCCACGGGACAUCCAUCUGAGCACGCCAAACAUUCACGGACACUCCAGCUCCAGCAGCAUAGUGGCGAGCUGAACAGAGUGCUGACCGCGAGAGGAGAAAUGAAUAAAACACGAUUAAAAAAAAGAUUUUUAUUACCAGUGAAGAAGAGUCAGUGGGACCACACAUGACAAUACACUGAGACUUUAAUGUACAUAUUUGUAAGUACAAAGAGAGAGAGAGACGCAACAUUAAAAAGUGUAUUUUGAAUAUUCUAAACAGUUGAGUUUAAAAAAUAUAAAAGUAUUAAAAAAAAAAAAAUGACUGUUUGAAUGGCUUUGUAAAUUUUGUUCUAAAUGAAUAAAGGUGACAAUUCUUUGUGGUUGUUUUCUAAGUGCCAAGUUCAAAGAUGUUUUCUUUCAGAUCAACAUUAACUGAAUGUACUGUGAGAAUUCAUGAAUAAGACGUUUCACACCUUCAAACACAUUGGAAGAAUUGAUUUGUUUCAUAUGAAAAAAUAAAAAGUAUAAGAUAAAAACA